AUGGCUAUUGGUUCUGUUCUGUGUCCUUUAGGUUUAGUAUUGUCGAGUUUAGCAACAAGUUUAUGGACCAUCUAUUUGGCGCAAGGUUUGUUGUUCGGGAUUGGCGCAGGAUUAUGUUUCGCCCCAUCCAUUGCUUUACCGUCUCAAUGGUUUAACAAGAAUCGAUCUCUUGCUACAGGUUUAGCGGUAUCAGGCAGUGGUAUUGGUGCCGUGGCCAUUUCACCCAUGACGGAACGUUUGUUUUCAACAUUAGGUUAUCGCAAUACAUUACGAGUGGAAGGUGCCAUGGGUUUUGGGAUUUUGAUGUUAGCAACAGCAAUGGCGUUUUCUCGCUACCGACCGGCCGGCACAUUUAGUAUUAUUGAUACUAAAUUAUUGACAAAAGAUAUGUUGAUCACCAUUCUGUUUUGUGUGAUCAUGCCUUUUGGUUAUUUGGGUCCUUUCUUUUUGGCCCCUCAAUAUGCUUCGUUUUUACAUAGAACUCCUGCUGAAGGUGCCGCUUUGAUCUCUAUUAUGUCUGGAAUGAAUAGUAUCUCUCGUAUUGCCAUGGGUUUUAUUGCUGAUCGUCUUGGAAGAAUCAAUACCAUGUUUAUGUGUACCUUUUUAGCAGGGAUUUUCACCAUGGUGGUUUGGGAAUUUUCAACAAGUUAUGGUCCUUAUAUCGCUUAUUGUGUACUCUAUGGUCUUACUGGGGGUGCCUUCGUCUCAUUGUUGCCAGUAUUGAUUGCGGAUAUUGUUGGUGUAGAAAAUAUUCAAAGAGGCAUUGGCAUGUCUUACACUAUGACUGUGUUUGGCUCUUUAUUUGGAACACCAUUGAUCGGUUUAUUGUUACAGAGGUACGGAUGGACAGAUGCUAUACAAUUUUGUGGCGCUACUACAGUGUUCAGUUCCUUGGUUGUGUUGUAUUUACGAUAUUUACGUAGCAAUGGAAAAAUAUUCCUUAUUAUUUAG